UUUUGAUUUCCUUUUAGUGGCAUAGUUACUGCCAGUGAAUCAGUCAGCUAGUGAAGGCAGCCUAGGAACUGCCAGCAGAAGACAAGUAAGGCACUCAAAGCAGAGACCCAAGAUGUGGUGCCUCCUUAUGCUGCUGGGCUUCCAAGGAAUUGCCUUUUCGGCAGGAUUCCCCUCCACUCUCAACUCAGAGGAAAUCCAGAAAAGGAAGCCUCGCAACCCCGAAUGCUUCAUGAACGUUAGUGAAAUUAUCAGAUAUCACGGGUACCCCAGCGAGGAGUAUGAAGUUACUACUGAGGAUGGAUACAUUCUUCGUGUUUUCAGAAUUCCUGGUGGAAGGAACAGCCCAAAUACAGGGAAAAAGCCUGUAGUCUUUCUACACCAUGGUACUGUAGGAGACUCUAUCCACUGGAUUUCCAACCUGCCCAACAACAGCCUGGGAUUCAUCCUAGCAGAUGCUGGCUAUGACGUCUGGCUUGGAAACAGCCGAGGGAACACUUGGUCUUUAAAACACAAAACCCUUAGGCCAUGCCAAAAAGAGUUCUGGCAGUUCAGCUUUGAUGAGAUAGGUAAACAUGAUAUUCCAGCAGAGCUGUACUUCGCCAUGAAUAAAACUGGACAGAAGCAAGUGUAUUACGUUGGCCACUCAGAGGCUUCAACCGCAGGCUUCAUAGCAUUUUCUACUUAUCCUGAGUUGGCUCAAAGGGUCAAAGUGUUCUUUGCUUUGGGACCAGUAGCCACAAUCACAUAUGCUUCCAGUCCUCUGGUAAUACUUGCAUGUAUUCCUCAACCACUUCUCAGGUUAACACUUGGCUACAAAGGAGUCUUUCACCAGAAUGAACUGCUGAAAAGGCCUCUGACAUUGAUUUGUAGAUCUUGGGGAAAAGUCUGUGGAAGUAUCCUCUCUUACGCUGCUGGGGGCAGGAUACGAAAUCUGAACACGAGUCGAAUAGAUGUAUACGUAGCACACUACCCAGCUGGGACAUCGGUUCAGAACAUCAUUCAUUGGCAUCAGCUAAUACCUGCAGACCGAUUUCAAGCUUAUGACUAUGGCGCUAAGGAAAACAUGAAGAAAUACAACCAGUCUACUCCUCCUGUGUAUGAGAUAGAGAAGAUGAACACAGCAGUUGCUGUUUGGAGUGGUGGACGCGACAAGUUUGCAGAUCCAAAAGACAUGGCAAAGCUACUUCCUCGGAUCACUAAGCUUAUUUACCAUGAGGAUUUUCCUGAUUGGGGACACCUAGAUUUUAUCUGGGGCCUUGAUGCAACUAAGAGAAUGUACCGGAAAAUCCUUGAACUAAUACGAAAAAACCCUUAAAGCUUCACAGAAGAAACUCAUCCAUCCAGUAAAAGCCCUCAAAGACUUCUGUUUAGCAAUACGGGUGAUUCCCGGGGAAGUGGUAAACAAACAGAUACACCCAAUGGAUAUUGGUAUAGGGGUUUACAAACCAGUGUAGACUGGUUUGUACUUUGUUGCAUUUCUAAUAGCUCUAGGUUUUCCACAGUGCUACAGUUAGGUGACUGGAGUCUUCCUGAGGAAGUUGAGGUCCAUGGGGAUGACUACUGAAAAUACAAGCAUAUCAGAAGACAUACUUCACGCAUCACUUACUUUGGGAUAUAUUAACUGCUAUAACUGAUUUUGCUAUAACUAAACUCUCUCUUCCCUUGUAUAUCAAUACCACAUACUCUAGCUGAGACAGAGGUAUUAUGCCAUGAAAAUACACAAUGGGAUUUACUCAUUUCUCUGUUGAAGUACUACUGAUCUUUGUUUAGAUUAAAUCA